AUGUCCAAGCCCACGAUCGUCCUUGUCCCCGGAUGCUGGUAUCCCGUUGCGACAUUUGACAAGCUCGUGUCGGCGCUCACCUCGCGCGGCUACAAGGCCGUGGUCGUAUCCCUUCCGAGCAGCACUUCCGGCUCUCGCGACGCUUCGUUUCUGGACGACAUCACGGCCGUGCGUCGGUGCAUCGAGGCUGAGACGACGCUGGGCCACGACGUCGUCGUCGCCGCUCACUCGUACGGUGGUCUUCCCGCCCAUUCCGGCUCCAAAGGCCUGACGCUUGGAUCGCCCGAGCCUUGCUCUCAACCAGGCAAAGUCAUCGGCUUCGUGUUGAUGGCUUCGGGCUUCACACAGACGGGCAUGGCGUUCCUCGAUCCCACCGGCGGCAUCCCCCCACCCCAAUGGAAGGCCAACACGGACACGGGGUUUGCCGAGCUUGUCGUCGACCCCGUCGAUAUGUUUUUCCACGAUUUACCCGCCGAGGAGGGGAGGAUGUGGGCGGAUAAACUGGGCAAACAGAGCCUCAAGGCAUUGGCAGAGGGUGGAGAACACGCAUAUGGCUCGUGGGCAGAAGUACCCAAUUAUUACAUUGUCACAAAACAGGAUCAUGGCUUGCCUCCCGCCAUGCAGAAGAUGAUCAUCGGUAUGGCAGGUGAUGCCGACGUCACAGUCCGCGAGUUGGAUACAAGCCAUUCGCCAAUGCUCAGCAUGCCAGCCGAGACUGCCGACAUUAUCGUCCAGGCCGCGACCGAGUUCCAGGCCAAGAAGAGUAAUUAA